AUGUGGGCCACUCUCACUCGGGUUCUUGUGGCGCUCAACUCUGGCGCGCUCAAUACCCUCAUCGACGGGAUCAAGCAGGAAUACCAGGGAGUGCAGAAACGCAUCCAAACCUCUCCCGGCCUUCCUGUUGGGCAACCGACACUGCCUUACUGGACCAUUCCUGUCGCCGCGAUCUCCCAACACGGUAAAGAUGACGCAGUGCCCAAGGACACGGACAUUGUCAUCAUUGGAAGCGGUAUUACUGGCGCCUCUGUUGCGCGAAAUCUGCUCCAAAGCGCGACUGGCGACAAACCACGCGUCGUCAUGCUGGAAGCUAGAGACGCGUGCUCUGGAGCCACUGCCAGGAAUGGCGGCCACAUCACCCCCAAUCUUUACAACGACUACACGGACCUGAAGACUGCAUAUGGCAAGGAUGUAGCGAAACAAAUUAUCAACUUUCGUCUUGGCCAUCUCGAGGAAUUCUUGCGUGUCUCUGCCGAGGAAAACGUUCUCGUCGACAGCCAGUGCCGCAAAGUCGAAACAUUCGACCUCUACCUCGACGGGGACGAGUUCAAGGGCGGUCAAGUCAACCUCGCUGCCUAUCUGAAAGACUUCCCCGAGCAAAAGCCGAUCUGGCGCGUUGUCGACAAAGUCGAGACAUUGCAAGUUGACCCCGAGGUUGUUGUCGGCGCCAUUACGACCACUGCUGGCGCCAUGCAUCCCUACCGAUUUGUCACAACCGUCUUGUCCAACCUUCUUUCCAAGUACCCUCAAAACUUCCAGCUCCUUACCAACACUCCUUCGACUAAGAUUGAAUCGGACAACUCCCAAUACAUUAUCACGACCCCGAGAGGGAAAAUCCGUGCGAAGCAUGUCGUCCACGCCACCAACGGCUGGUCUUCCACCCUUCUCCCCCAGAUGCGCGGCAAAGUCGUACCCAUCCGCGGCCACAUGACUGCCCACCGUCCUGGUCAAGGCCUUGGUGCUUUCCCCGGCAGCUCGGGCCCACAAGCGAACAACUCCUGGGCGGGCACGCGCUCCUUCACCAUCUCUGGCGUCAGCACCUACAACUACCUCACCCAACAGCCCCCUACUUCCACCGGCGGCAAGUUCCCCUCUUCCAAUGGAGAGCUGAUGUUCGGUGGUGGCCUCGACCUUUCCUCCCUCGCCACUGUCUUCCCCGAAAUCGGCUCAGCAGACGACCACAGCCCUCCGGAUCUCUCGGUUGGCGGAUAUCUGAGUGGCGCACUGAGCGCCUACUUUGGCAAGCAGUGGGGCGCUGAGGGUCAGCCUGGCAAUAACGAGCCCGCCGAGGUCAACCCGGGCCGUGUGCUCAAAGUCUGGACCGGCAUUCUCGGUAUUUCUGCCGACUUGCGGCCAUGGGUUGGCCGUGUCCCCACCAAGAUCACCGGCCGCGGCGAGCCCAAGAAGAAGGGCGCCGACAAACUCGCUGCCCCUGGCGAGUGGAUUGCUGCGGGCUACUCGGGCGAGGGAAUGGUGCAUGCUUACCUCUCGGGCAAGGCCGUUGCCAACCAGAUCCUCGGGAGCAAGGCCAACGCGACCGUACCUGCGCCAUUCGUCAUCUCCGAGGCGCGCUGGAAGAAGGCGAACAUCGAAGACUUGAUCACGGGUUAG